UUAGCUUUGUGUUAGCUGCCUGGUCUGAUUUUACUCUAGUACUGAAGGGGUGUAGGUUUUAUCCGAAAUGUCCUAAAUAAUAGUGCACUGGGAAGAGUAAAUAUGGUUAAUUUUACACUAAGUAGUGCACUAUGUGCGUUUGGGAUUUGGCCGUGGUUUGAAGGCUGUAUCAGCAGUGCUGUAAACACCCCCGCUAACAUGCCUAUGACUCGGAGGAAGAGUUACGGCCGCAGCUGUGUGGAGAAUCCGUCUCUGUUCUGGCAGACACCAGGCCACUUCCCCGCCCUGGGCCACAGGAUCCCCAGCAGCAGAGGAGCUGCCAGAUCCCGCAAUGUGCUAAGUAAAGUGGAUCCAGAGCAAGUGGCCCUUCUGGUGAAGCACGAGUGGAAGCUAGCGUACGUCACCCCGCUGUACCGAUUCCGACACACACAGCUAAAAUUAUACUCCAAACACCUCACGGCAUUCAUCAUAGCCGAGAAGCAGCAGGGGGUCGCCAUCGAGGUGGGAGUGGAGGCAGGCUUUAAGGUCACGAUCUCCACCGUCCUGGGAAUGGCAGAAAGCGAGGAGGACGCAGAAACCAUUUUCAUUCAGAUACAUUCCAAACCAACAUUUGGGGCAGAAGCUCUGAAACCGGUGUGGCGCGGCUGGUUGACAUGCGUGAACGGAGACCACGAGUACCUGAGGUCACUGCCCCCUGAUUUUGUCAGCCUUCCUCUGUUCUGCAGCAGCGGCUCCGAAUCCCUCACGGCUCUGGUCAAGUCCUGGUUUGAACGCACCUUUGACUGUAAUUUUGGCUCUCUGUUUCUGAACUCCACCACUCUGAACUGGUUGGCUGCCCUGUGGACCGGCUGUCAUCCCAGCAGCAAUAUCAGGUUCCUGAAGCUGACCUGGACCAUGCCCACGCAGCCCUCGCUGGAUAUCAUGUACACAGUGAACCCGCAGGACGCCUGGGAGCUGUGGAACAGCAUUCACACCGAGGACAGUGCAGACGAUAGAAUCCACAUCGAUGAGGUGCAGCAGUUUAUGAAUGGACUCGAGACUCACCUUUUCAGACAUUUUAAGAUCUACCUGUCGGCUGGGACGCUCAUGAAGGUCUCCACUUCCCUCGGUUCAGCUCAUCAUGAGGGCAAAAUCAAGAUUGGCAGCAGUGACUACAUCAGCACCUUACUGACGCUGCUAACAGAGUGCGCCCUCCUCAGAACACCCGUUUAAUUUCUCAGCUUUACUGUUUUAUCUGUAAAUAGCGUUUUGUUUUACUAAAUACAUGUGUAGCAGUCUUUGUACACAAGCACAAAUCUUAAAAUUGUAUUUAUUUACAUGUCCUUCAGUCGUAAAGGUGUACCUUUACAUGGAUUUUUGUUUUGUUUUUAAACUAGUGACUUUUUUUAGCCAAGGACUAGACAAAGACAAUAUUGUAUCACUGUUUGUCUUUUUGUGGAAGUUUAUGAAAUAAUCCUGUUCCCAAGUCCAGGCAGAUCAAAUUUCAUCUACAGAGUCCUAAAUUAAUGUACAUUGUGUCUGUAAAUAGCCCAAGCUUCCUUUUUUAAAUGUAACAUUUACCAUUUCUUUUCUGCUUUUACACUUCACAUGUACAUUUGUGUAGAUCACUAGUGAAUAAUGUACCCUAUCCAUUUCAGUGUGUAAAUGUGUCCGUACUGUUAACUUCUGGUUCCAGCACAACAUGACUCUCCUUUCAUCCAUUUGCAGUGAGAGAAGGUGACAUGAUUUCAUUAUUGUUUGUGUGAAAUCAAAAUUUCAGACUAUAUUUUAUAAAUAUUUGUCUUUUAAGGACAUGCCUUCAGAAGUGAUAGUGUCUACUUUUCUCUGUUAUUGACAUCUGUUUAUCUUGAAAUAAAUGGAAUAUAUAUAUAUAUAAAUAGCAUUCAAAUCCCUCUUUAAAACUAAGGAAUGGAUAAAUGCUUGGCUUUUGGGGCUCAUGAGCCUGAUGAUGCCACAGCAGUCCGUAGAUGGGAGUCCAAAAGAGCAAAAAGAGGCCGUGGGUGAGAGGGAAGGCGUUACUCUCUCCUGUCAAUCAGUGACACUAGCCAAUCGUGGGUGACUGAGAAAAGUGCUAUCUACCCUCUUCCACAUACACAAUUUCACAGAGUGUGUUACACUGACCUGUGCUUUAGCUUGGGUAAGAUGUGGUGGCUUCACGUGUUAGCCUUCACCCUCCCUGGUUGGUAGCUGCUGUGGGUGGGAAUUGGCAAGUGACCAAAAAGAGGUACAAAUGUUUUAAACCCCUAGCUUUUCAGCAUGAUUCUUAUAGCCUUAGUGCAUCUUAUGGCAGGACAAUUAUGUUAAAGCAUCCUGAUGAAACUGUUAGCUGUCCUGACCAACAGUUGGAAAUCCAUUUACACAUUUAACACUCAUAUGUAAGCCAUUUAACAGAUCAAAAUGCAUCCCUUUUAUUUAAUAAAUCAACAUUUCGAUGCAAUGUGUGCAGGCCAACACUGGGAACCAUUUGUUUAUCAUCUCUGAAAAAUCACCCAGCAUCCAUACCAUAAACUCAAAAUGUAAAUGCAUAAUAAAUCCACCAACAUUCUUCUUCUUUUUUUUUUUAAAAAAAAUG